AUGUGCAAACUAGCGUUGUUUGUCCUGGCACUGGCAGGUGUAGCCUUAGCCUACGAACAUCACGGAUUCGUCAGCGAAGUGAAGCACAUCCCGUACAAGUACUACGGUGGACAGGAGGGUGGCAUCGGCGGUGGAAUCGGAGGAGGUGAGGGUGGGUAUGAGGGUAAGGACUUUUACGCCUACCCGAAGUACAAGUUCGAGUACGGAGUGAAGGACUACCACACCGGUGAUCACAAGAGCCAGUGGGAAGUUCGGGAUGGAGAUGUCGUGAAGGGCGAGUACACUCUGGAUGAGCCGGACGGUUCGACCCGCAUCGUGAAGUACCACGCCGACAGCAAGAACGGAUUUGAGGCCAUCGUCAAGAACAUCGGCAAGGGAGGUCUCCAGCAGGAGAGUGGCUCGAUUGGUGGAGGACAGGAAGGAAUCAGUGGCGGAUAUGGUCAUGGCUAUAGCUACAGUAAACUGAAGAAGUUCAACUAA